AUGAAUGAGGUAUCGGUGAUAGUUCAUCCAUUGGUAUUACUUUCUGCAGUUGACCAUUACAAAAGAAAAGGAACAAGGCGAGUUGUCGGGAUAUUGCUUGGAAAUGAAGACGGAGAGGUUCAUAUCACAGAGAGUUUUGCCUGCAUAUUUGAGGAAGACGAAAAUGAAUGGUUUAUAGACACCUCAUACAUAAGAAGCAUGUUUGAUUUGUUCUACAAGGUUAACCACAAGCUCAAGAUAAUAGGGUGGUAUCACACAGGCCCGAAGAUGUAUGAAAAUGACCUCGACAUAACAAGGUCUUUAUCCAAGUUUGUGGAGAAUCCCUUUCUUGCCAUUAUCAAUGUCCAUCUCGGAGAAAACGAUCUUCCUGUGCAAACAUUCAAGCUGGACGAGCAAGAUGAGUUUAUACACGUGGGGUGCAGUAUAGAGGCCGAAGAAGCCGAGGAAGUCGGUGUUGAGCAUCUUAUAAGAGACAUCAGGGAGGAGGCUAGUGGAUCGAUUGCAGCCAAAAUUAAUGGAAUAAAAGAAUCGCUGCUUGUCUACAAAGGGGUUCUUGCAGAAAUAAGAUCCUACCUCGACGACGUGAUAAAUGGAGGAAUUGCCCCGAGCCAGGAGAUCAUCAACCUCUGCCAAGAGAUCAUCAAUUCUAUUCCAAAGCUUGAAAAGCCUCUGGACGAGAAUCUUUCUGAUUGCUAUGUCUCUGUGCUUGCAAAGACUGUGGUUGCACUUAAUGAUCUAAGGAGAAACAGGCUUGAGAAUGGAAUUGAGACGAGUGCAUCGUAA